AUGGACCUCGAGACGAGGGUAAAAGCCUAUCGUUUCGUCGCCUACUCGGCCGUCACCUUCUCAGUCGUCGCUGUUCUUUCUGUAUGCGUCACUUUGCCCAUGGUCUAUAAUUAUGGUUCUGCAAAAGACAUCUGGACGGAGGUGCACAAUCUAAAAAGCCUUCCAUCGGUGGCGAACCGCACAGCAAGACAAGCUGGUUAUGGAGAUGCUGCUGUCACGGGAGGAGCUCAAACAGCAGGAUCUUGUGAAGCUUGUUGCCUCCCCGGCCCACCUGGUCCAGCGGGAACUCCUGGAAAACCUGGUCGACCAGGAAAACCCGGCGCUCCGGGUCUACCAGGUAACCCAGGAAGGCCGCCCCAGCAACCGUGUGAACCAAUCACUCCUCCACCAUGCAAACCAUGU